AUGGAAGAGGCCAACAUGCUCGACUCGACGCUGUCGGCCCUCAUCACCGCUUUCCACAUCCUGCACCGCUACAAGAUCCUCGACGAGCACGGGCACAUCUCGGUGCGCCACCCGACGGACCCGUCGACCUUCUUCACCAGCAACGUGCCCGCUAUCUUGGUAUUCUCCAAGCGCGACCUCAAUCAAUGGCGGGUGCGUGACGGCUCGCCCGUCACGGAGUCGCACCCCACAACAGGGUGCCAGAUCGUGGAGGCGGACAAAGUGCCCGAAGGCUCGGAACAUUACCUCCACAGCUGCGUGUAUAACGCCUAUCCCGGUGUCCUGAGCGUGGUGCAUUCGCACGCCAUCGAGGCCGUCGUGUUUGGCCUGUGCGAUGCCUCGGGGAGCAUGAUGCAGCCGAGCUACCGGGAUGCUGGCUAUCUGGGCCCUUCGUCGCCCAUCUUUGACGCCGCGAAACACUACGGCUCGCUACCGUGGUCGCAUCGGCAGAAUCUGCUCAUCGAUCACGUCCGCCUGGGCGACGCCGUGGCCAAGACAUUCAACGGCGUCGACGCCUCCUCCUCCCCCUCCUCCCCCUCCUCCACCGCGGUUCCCGCCCACACCGUCGUCUUCGAGCGCGGCCACGGCUUCGACACCUGGGCCGAGAAUAUUCCCGACGCCGUGUGGCGCGCCAUCCAUGUGCGGCGCAACGGGCUCAUCCAAGCGGCCGCCAUGGAACAGCGAGGGAGCACGGAUCUGGAGGUCAUCUACUUGAGUGAUCGGGAGUGCAGGGACUGCAAGGAUACGACGAACAGAGCAACGCCUUUGAUAUGGAAGGCCUGGGCGGCCGAGGUGGAGAGGUCGGGAAUGUACCACAAUGAAAUGAAGGGCCAGCGCCAGAGAUAAGAGAGCCGCGCGCGGGCAGACAGUUGUCUCGUGGAUGUACCUCUUCCGAAGGACAUGGCCUAUCGGCGCCCCUCCCCAGGGAAUGGAAUGCUGCUCCGCGACCUACCAUGCUGCUGGGAAUUUGAUGUCAGGACAGGGUUAGGCGGACCGAGAAUAGGCAAUGGCCCUUCGAUCACACACGCCUGAAGGUGGAAGAGGUCAUGCUUGCCAGCGCCACACCGAUGCUGCGUGCUGCGACAUCGCCGAGUUCGGACAGAAGAAUUCAGG